UGCCGGGUUUUAGAUAAGUGGCACGGAUUUUAUCAUGGUAAAAUGUCGGCAGUGGAAGCCACAACAAAUUCUUUUCCAGUAAAACACGAUUUUGUGCCAAGCCAGUUUAAAGACAAUAAAGUAUGUGUUGUGUCCAUCAUUGGAAAGAGCCAGUACAAAACAGCUACUUCUAAGGCAUCUUUAUUCAACCCAAUUCUAGAUGCCGACAUAUUCAAGGGUGUGGAGGGAUACCUUGAGGAUAGUAUAAAUCAAGGUGACAUAGAGUGUUACUAUGAUAUUGACAGCAAUGUGGUAUACCUACAUCUCACCAGUAUACUAGAUUCUUACAGAUUGACGUCAGUGUGCCAGAGACUUAAGGAUGCCUCUGUAAAGGAUUUUCAGACACUAUGGCAACAAGAGGAUUGUCACAAUGCUAAGUGUCUACUCUUCAUGUUUCAAGUUUCUCAUAUACUUGUGAUAUCACACCCAGGUUCAUCUUUUGAUGUUACAUAUGUUAUUUUAUUCAGGAUUCUGGACUCUAUAAGGAUGAAAGUACAGAAAUGUGUAACAGAACAGCUCCUAGAUCUACCAAUCUCUAAAGAUUGGAAAUAUAAUGGGCGACCAUGUUCACCAAGAGUUCUCUUUGUAUUUGAGACAUCAACUAUAGAAUAUGAUCCAGAAGAAUUGGUGGAGAACACUGGAUACAAGGCAAGACCUCAGAGAAUACAUCCAAUCAAAAGGCUGCAGCACUGCAUGGAGGAUCAGAUAUACAAGAUCCUGAGAAAAUCCAGAGUUAUUACCAAUAUCAGUAACAAUUCACUGUUUGCUGUGCCAGCCAAUCAGGAGUUUGUAUUUAUUCAUGUGUACCAGAAUGAGGCCGCUGACCCAGUUUCAUUUUUCCUGCAGCAGAUCAGAGAAAAUACAUUACAGCAUGAUGCAGAUUCAGAUCUGCCAAGGAAAAGUUAUCAAUCAAAUAGAAGAGGUCAAGGUGGUAUAGACAGGUCAAGGUCACAAGGGCUCUCCAGAAAUGGAGGAGAAUUUAGUUUUAAGGAGUUUAUAUGGCAACAUAUUGAUAUGGCACUGACAAAAGGUUUUGAUGAUAAUGUGGGACGGCACCCAGUCACUGCAACCUUUGAGCUUGCUACAAGUGAGACGUGGUUUACCUUGGCAAACAAGUUAUAUCUUAUGUUAUUCUCAGAGAAGCUAGAUCCUAAACUCCAGCCACACUGCAAUACACUCCGAUCUCUUCUCGAAACAGAUCUGAGAUUCUCCGAGAAUCGGUGUAACAAGGUUUUACCAGUAGCAGAAAGUUCCUAUCAGGAAAAUUUACCCACUCAUUAUGUCACUAACUACCAUCUUAGCAAGUUAGCACAAGCAAAGAAAGUAUUCAGUCAGUUUGCUAGAGGUCCUGCCUGUGAUAAAUACAUGAAACAGCUGGAAGACUCAUGUGAGAGAUUCUGGAAAAAUGGGAGACAACUCUGUGAGGAAAUCAGUCUGACAGGCAAUCAUUGUGUUAAUCCAUUACAUAAGACAGAGGAUGAGAUAGACACUGAGAGUAACUCACACCUUCCCUUGAUGCCACAUUCUAGUCAACUCAAGAUGAAAGCCGCUUGUAAUUGUGGGAAAAAACAAGCUGAUAAAGAAGAUCCAUUUAAUCACAAGGCAGCCAACUAUGAUUUCUAUGUAAAACUCGAGGAAAUGUGUUGCGGAAAGUUAGAGCGUUAUGAAUUUCCCGUGUUUCAAGCCAGCAGUACCGACAUACGGGCAGCAUUACUUACACCACCGGUCAGGUCUAAGGCUCAGCCACCCAAACUUCAGAAGGAAUCAGUCUCUAGUGCGGGUAAAGGAGAGGUGGCUGGUGUAACUCAAGGCAUGGCCAGUCUCAGUCUGGCAUUGAGUCUAGAUAUGUCUUUCCCAUCCUCAUGUCAGUCUGGUGGGAGUGAUUUGUUUGCACAUGGUGGACAGAGUAAUUGCAGCCCUCUACCUGAUCAAGAUGAUGCCACACCUAAUCCAGAUCAGCCAGAGGCUCAUUCUCCAUCUUCCCCAUUAAGCCCGACCCCUCUUAGACAGCACUCUACAACAGAAUAUUUACCUGGAAUGAUCCAUACAGAGUCACCAGUGGGGCUUCUACCUAAGUUUCCAUCAUGGUCGCUGGUUUGUCUUGGAAAAUCAAGUCUUUAUAAUCAUACACAAGGUUUAGAUCUUCCAGGGUUUUUAAGUGGAAGUAAUUUUCUGUUACCCUGGGAUAUAACAGUACAAGCAGAGAGAGACAAAUGGCCCACAGUAGGGGAAACUACAGGCAAGAAAGGAAAACAGAAGAAAGGAACACGGGGGAAAGGUAACUAACAGCUAUUACUAUGU